AUGUCGGACACUUUCAGGAUACUGACCGGAAGCGGUUCGAGCGGCAUUUCCUUCGACCGCAAACGCUUUUCAGAGGAUGUGGGCAUAUUCAAUCCUCGAGCAGCUUCGGCUUCCUCUCAGCCCGCCAGCGCUGCUGGGUCGAGUUCAUCAGAGAAAGCAGCAACAGGUGCAAGCGUGCAGCUACCUUCAUCGCUCGAUUUCUUUGGGAGCGCUAGAAGGGGAAAGGGCGCAGAUGGGGAGGAAUUGCGAGGUCAGAAAAAGAGGCGAAGAUUGCAGGGUGCUGGUGAUGAGGCGCGAAAGAGCGAGGUAAAUGAGGAUAGCCAUAGGACGGAUUGUGAGUCCAGCAUAUGCGCAGAAACGACCGCUUGGCAAGCCGACUCAGUCAAAAGGCCAGCUGCUGACCAAGCUUGAGCCUACCCCACUUUAUCCAAAGCCGUAGCCGAGCCUUUGACGCGCUCCACUGCAGGUGCAUUCCUCAAGGAGAAGCGAUUGAAGCUGACAGGGACAGAUGCACCACUCCCACUGACCUCCUGGUCUGAGAUCAAGUCACGUUGGAAGGGCCCCUCCUGGCUCUCUGCUGCUCCUUCCACGUGCGGGUUCGCCACGCCCACACCGAUUCAAUGCGCCGCCACUUCCAUCUUGCUGGAUGAUAGGGACAUCUUGGCUGGCGCACCCACAGGCUCAGGAAAGACUCUGGCUUACCUCAUUCCAAUUUUGUUUCAUUUACGAGAGCACAAAAAGGAAGGCUUCCGAGCUCUCAUUGUUGCGCCCUCUAGAGAGCUGGCUGUACAAAUAGAUGGCCAGCUUGCAAAACUCGCUGGCAGGAACAAAAUCAAAACCUGCGUUCUUACCAAGGCCAACCAGGCCAAUCUGAAGGACAAGGAAGCGGCGAAAAAAUUUGGUGAGCAAAGUAACGCCGCCCAAAUCCAGAGAGUAUGCUGAUCACCUCGACUCCCCAUCACACACCCUGCACAGACGUACUCAUUACUACCCCUUUGCGCUUGGUGCACGGACUAGAUGCCGGGGAGAUUGAUCUGACAAAGUGAGUCGAGCGCCGGCAAGAGACGGCGUGUAUACGACCGUGCCGCUCAACAAGACCUUCCCGUCUUCUCUCGCAGCGUACGACACUUGGUCUUGGAUGAGGCUGAUCGACUCCUCGAAGACGGCUUCUUGGAGCAAACCGACACCAUCUUGGCAGCCUGCUCGCAUCCAUCGCUGCGCAAAGCACUCUUCUCGGCUACGCUUCCUUCAGGAGUGGAAGAGAUGGCCAAGUCCUUUCAAUUGGACGCUAUUCGCGUCAUAGCAGGCGUCAAGGACGCAGCAACUGAAAGCAUAUCUCAGCAGCUAACCUAUGUCGGAUCGGAAGAGGGCAAAUUGCACGCCGUGAGGAGCAUGAUACACGAGGGAAAGCUCAAGCCUCCCGUCUUGCUCUUUGUCCAAUCCAUCGAACGGGCUCGCCAGCUGUUCGAGGAGCUGAUAUACGACGGGCUGCAUGUCGACGUCAUCCAUGGGGAGAGACCGAAAGCUCAGCGAGACUCGGUCAUAGACGCUUUCAAGCGGGGAGAUGUUUGGGUCCUGAUUUGCACAGAGCUCCUAGCCAGAGGCAUUGAUUUCAAGGGCGUCAGACUGGUUAUCAAUUAUGACUUCCCUCAAAGCGUGCAGAGCUACGUGCACCGGAUCGGCAGGACCGGUAGAGCUGGCCGGGCGGGCGAAGCGGUCACCUUCUUCACCAAGGAAGACGGACCGUAUCUGCGCUCGUCAGUCUUCUGGUGCCAAAGACUCACGUCAACGAUGUUGUGCUCCGACGCUGACUCGACUUCCUUGGCUUGUCACAGAGUGGCCAACAUCAUGAAGGCUUCGGGAUGUGAAGUGCCAGAAUGGAUGUUGAAGCUCAAGAAGCCUUCUCAAAACCAGCGCAAGCACAUCAACAAGCGACCUGUGGAUAGACAAGCAGUCAAGAGCGCCGCUGGGAGCUCUCAAGGUCGAAGGAUAGCCAACAAACGAUCUCAAAUGAUCGAAGCUAGCAAAGCGCGGCAGCAACAGCACGAUGCGGGCUUGGAGAAGGAGGCAGAGUAA